CUCAAAGCUCCAAAACGCAAAAGCACACUCUACUUUUGGCGCUAAUAUCCAAACCUCAAAACACGAAUGGGAGAAGAAGAGCAACAAGAAGAACAAAUUGAAGUUACAGAAACUACACAAGAGAGCCAGCAAGAGUACACGUGGCCUGUGAUUAAGUUCGAUGUUCCUCCACAUAGAUCCUACCAUUUCUAUAACCAGUUCAGGACCUCCUCAAACGCUAACAACUUCCUCAAAGGCAUCAAAUGGUCACCCGACGGUUCGUGUUUUCUCACAAAUUCUGAGGAUAAUACGCUUCGCGUUUUUACGUUGCCGGAUAAUGGAGGCGGAGAUGAUAUUAAUGCUUGUUCUUUGGCUAAUGAACAAGAUUCUUUUGAUGCAAACCUUGUUGUGCGUGAAGGAGAGUCUGUAUACGACUUUUGUUGGUAUCCGUACAUGUCUGCUUCAGACCCAGUUAGUUGCGUGUUUGCUAGUACCACUCGUGACCAUCCGAUUCAUCUUUGGGAUGCUACUUCUGGUCUGAUGCGUUGCACAUAUCGAGCAUACGAUGCUGUGGAUGAAAUCACUGCUGCCAUCUCAAUUGCAUUUAAUCCUGCUGGGACUAAGAUAUUUGCUGGAUACAACAAAUCUAUAAGAGUAUUCAAUAUACAUCGCCCUGGUAGGGAUUUUGUGCAGUACUCAACCCUUCAAGGAAAUAAAGAGGGUCAAGCAGGUAUAAUAUCUGGAAUCACUUUCAGUCCAAGUCAUACAGGAAUGCUAGCUACAGGUUCAUACAGUCAGACUUCAGCAAUCUACAGAGAAGACAAUAUGGAACUUUUAUACAUUUUACAUGGUCAGGAAGGUGGGAUUACACAUCUCCAGUUCUCGAAAGAUGGAAACUAUCUUUACACUGGAGGUCGAAAGGAUCCUUACAUACUAUGCUGGGACGUGCGAAAAGCUGUUGAAGUUGUGUACAAGUUCUACAGAUCCUCUGAAUAUACCAAUCAGCGGAUAUUGUUUGAUAUUGAUCCCUCUGGUCGACAUCUAGGAACCGGUGGUCAGGAUGGUUUGGUUCAUAUAUAUGAUUUACAAACUGGGCAGUGGGUAUCAGGCUUUCAGGCCGCAGCAGAUACUGUUAAUGGUUUCUCUUUUCAUCCGUUUUUUCCCAUGGCUGCCUCAUCAUCAGGACAUCGAAGAUUUGAACUUCCCGAUGAUGGCAAUGAGGAUUUCCAUUUGAGGGGUGAUGAAAACUGUGCUGCUGUAUGGAGUUUCUCAUAUACUUCAAGAAUCGAAAAUGCUGACAAUGUCAUCGGUGGUGACUUUAAUAAUCAAACCGAACAUGAAAACCUCCACCAGGAUCCUUGAAAAAAUCACGGCAUUCAGCUAAGUAGAAACUCUUCGUCUCAUAUUUCAUGAUUGUCUGAGCUGAGUGGGCAUGGUUUGCUUGCUGUUGUACCUUGUGGCAUUUGAUUCAAAACCAUUCCAACAUUGAUAGUCUACUGAGAAGAAUUCUUAGUUCUCUGUGGCUACAUGUAAAUCAGAUCAUUAGGCGAACUUAGAUCAUGUCUAGUAAAUUGUCAUUUGGAUGCUUGAACUUGUAAUUUUUCUUAUAAUCAAUUGAUUAAU